AUGAACGAUAUAGCACAAACAGGAAAAUCUUAGGCUUCUGCUUAAGAUAUUCAUUCAAAAAUAGAGAGUCAAUUCUUAUAGCGUUAUGCACAUUAUUUAAUUGGAGAUGAAUUUGAUUCAUUUUUAACUCCUUCAUUUGUUCAUAUGCUACAUAUUCUGGAUUCAAAAAAAGUGAGUUGUGAAUAAUUGAUAAAUUAUAAGACAUAACAAAUUAAUGUAAUUUGCUCUAGUUUUAAUUUAGAAUCAAAACACUGAAAGUCAAGUAUUUUUUGCAUUGAGAAAUUUCACUUUUAAUUCAUUUUCUUUAAUGUUUGAUCAGAAAUUAGAAAACACUAAUGUUUAUACUAAAGAAGAAUACUUUAGAUCAAUAAGAACUACGUAUUAUUUAAAUAAUAAAGUAGACAAGAUUAAGCUAAUCGAAGACAUCAAUUUGUGCAUAAUCCAUCUAAUUCUUUUAAUUAAGACAAGUAAGAAUAACAUUAACAUAACUUCUAUGAGUUAUAUUCAAAUAAAUUAGCAAAAGAUCAAGGAGACAUACUUUAAGGAGAAAUUGUGAUAUUUGAGACCAGAAUUAAAUAUCCAGCUACCAAAGCCAAAUAAUUGUGUUACGAAAUUAAAUUGAAAAUAGACAACCUAUUUAAAUCAACUGUAAACUAAACAUUAAUUUGAAGACUAGGUAACAUCAGAUUAUUAGAUCAGAAUAUAUACCAUAUUUAGAAGAGUAUAAAUAUCCAACAAUUGUGUUAAUAAUAUUAUACAAUGGAGAUGUAAAUCUAGAUUUCUCUAAACUUCUCCAAAUGAAUUAAAUAACUAUCAAUAGAAAACAAUUUGCCUUAAAAGUAAAAGUUUACUUCAUCAGUAAACUCUCCUUGUUCAGCCAUUUUCGAGAAGUCAAUAAUUAAUAAAAGACUGAAUGCAUUACAGAUAAGGUAAAUAGUAAUACACAAUAAGGUUGUUACCUUCUAUGACAUGAAUAGAGUUAGACAAAGGAGAUAAAAAGUACUCAAAGAAAUCGAAAUAAUUAAGAAAUAAGCCUAAGCGGUAACAAUACAUGAUAAUUUGAUAAGAAUCAAAACAAAAAGAAAAAAGAGUAGUAUUGGAAGUGGAGCAUUACUACUGGAUUUUGCGUGGUUGCUGCAAUCUAUUUAUUGAGUAAAAAAUAAAUAAAUCUCAAAAAGUUUGUCUAAGUUACUUCCAAAAUAGUUUGAUUGUUUUUUAUAUAUUUUAUAUAUAUAAAUUAGUUAGAAAGUAUAUGCAGAGAUACAUCUAACAAUAGAAUCAGCAGUAUAAGAAAUCAAUAAUUCUUUAGAGCCUACUUGAUUCAUUAGAGGAGAUUAAGUGACAUUAAAUAAAGGAAGAGUUCACUUCCAAAAUUAGAUAAAACGUUUGAUUCUUAUAAGCAAAACAGAUAUAUAGCUGCCAGAAAAUAAGAAAUUAAUAGAUGGGAAGGAAUUAUGAAAUAGAACAAAAAACUACUUCAUAAAUUAAAUAAUGUGGAGUCCACUUUCCAAAAAUCUGUAAAAUUAAUUAAAAAUAUAUUUGUAUUCAAGAUAAUCAAUUCGUAGCGUAAGUUCUUGUAAUUCCAAAAGAUCAAUUGAAUUAAAGGAAAAUAGAAAGAAAGAAAAUGCUAGAAUGCAUAUUAAAUUAUAAUAAAUGUAAUCUAUGUCUAAUAAUUAAGAACAUCUACUUAUGAUAAGUCUAAUAGUAAAACUAGUCCCAGAGCAGUUAAAACCUUACCUAAAUAUUUAAAUAACUAAGAGAAGAGUUUGAACGUUAAGCCUAUUAAGAAUUUCAAGUUUUAAAACUAGGGGUACUAGAGACAUAAGAGUUUGUAACAACCACAAAAAGAAGAAACAAAAAUCAGAAAUAUUAUUUAAUAAUACUAAUAAGUUUUGGAUAAAAUACUGCCUUUAAUAAAAUAAGAAAAAUUGAAUAAAUGA